AUGGAUGAAGAAAGAAAGAAUAGGAUUAUUUUUAAACGUUGAGAGAAGACUCAGGAGCACCAGAAAGCUUUAAAGGUUGAAGAGAGACAGCCUAUAUCAAGCAUGCGACUGAUUAAGCCUUGAUUUAAGCAACCCAAAAAGAGAUUUUAUAAUCAUAAAACAGCAUCUAUUGUAUCUCAUUCAAAAGAUCUUGGGGUUAUGAGCCCUGAUAAUAUCAAAAGACGGAUAAAAAGAAAUACUGAUGUAGAAGGGCAAAAUAUUGAUUUAGCCCAGUACAAUACACAGAAUCCUUCUUGUGAGAGCAGCCUCAAUAAUCAUAAAACUGGCAAGAUGAAGAGAAUCCUCAAUGAUACUUUCCACAUUAAGAGAAUAAAAUAUUUUGAAAAGUUGAAUAAAGAAGAGUCAAGCUUCAAAGAUGCAGAUGUCAACCAUGCUCACAUGAAUAUUUGCAAUGGCAUUACAGAUCUACACAUUACUCAUGAUCAAGAACAUUUAGAAAUUAUGAAGGAGGAUAAUAACCCUUUUAGUGUCAAAUACGGUAAUAAUUUGGAUGACCAACUGGACCUAAACUUGAGAUCAAUAACUCUCAAAAUACCAACUCUCAAAAACUACGUUCGGAGACGAAGCUCAAGAGAUACUUACACUAGCUCCAACGUGCUAGGGUCUCAAAAAGAAAUCCAGAUUGAGAAAAUUGACCUCAAAUAAAUUA